GACAUAUGGGGCCAGUCGGGUGUGGGGUCGGCCAACAGAGACAGCCACACGCUCUCAUUCGCGUCGCCUUUCUUCACCUUUCCUUUCGACGGGUGAAAACCCUAGGCUCCUCCCGUCCCCAAUCCUGGCCUGCUCUCUUCCUCCACCAAUCCGCCGCCUCUCUCCUGCUCACCUGCUCCCAUCCGUCGUCGUUCCCCGUCUUGGCCAGAGAUGGGGCGACGUCGUGACCAUGGUGGCGCUGGAGGAGGUUGCCGAGCGGGAGGCUCGGGGCUGGAGCGGAAGGCUCUCCAGGCAACGGCGCUGCAGUGAUGCCACGGUCGAGAAUCGGAGCAGGAGGGGCGGGAUCCAGGGUGGGAUCCGGGGAAGGGCCGGCCAAAUCGUGGCAGGCGCCGGGUUUCGAGCGCAGGCGACGACGACCUUGAGUGUGGGUCCCCGUCUUCUUCCCCGGCCAUUGACGAGCUCCAAGGGAGCAGAGUAUCAUCUCCUAGCCUCACCAUGUAGUCUGCUCUCGAGUCAUGGUUGCAGCGCCCAGUUCGACGAGGUGCAGUGCCCCAAGCGCCUGGGAUGGCCCCUCAACCUGCUCGUGAGGUGGGUGGGAGAUUGUCUGGUGCUUCCCAACUUCCUCAUCCACAACAUCAGGCUUUCUGAGGCCUCGGCGGCCCUCCCCUCUCGCUCAAGCCACUGCAACCUCGAGGAUCAAAUCUUCCUAGGGGAAAUGUCCACAAGCAGAGAAGGGAUGGCACGACCUGUGCGGAGGCAGUCGUCGUCAUCCUCGGCAUCUAGCUGAGCGCCUCGUCACAGAGGUGUACCUCUCCCUUCCAGCCAUCCUCUUACAAUGAU